AUGCACAGAAGGUCACGUCCGUUCCGAAACUUACUUCCUAAUUUUCUCCAACGCCUUCGUCCUGGUGGAAACAAUGACAGAUCCUCCAGAUCUUCAACAAUCAGCGGUGAUGGAGGUAGCUACACUGAGACCAUGAGUAUGCUCUCAAUGCCUGCCACCUAUUCCGGAGGUUAUUAUGAUCUCGUGGUUGACGACUCCGACGAAUCAGAGUCCCUUUUAACUGUCUCAGACCUUGAUAGCUGUCAGUCUAGACGUGUUCAUCAUGAUUCAGAACCUUAUUAUGCAGAAUAUGCAAAUCUUGGGGAUAGGGGAAUCGAGGCAGUUGGAGAAGCUACCCCAACGAACUCCCCCACACCUAAACCUUCGCCCAAAGCGGUAAACGCCCUGUGGGAAACGGGGCCACAGUUGUCGUCCCCGAAAGUUGCUAGAAUCGAAAGCAUGCGUGAUACCCAUCGGCGCAUGAAAGCCCUUACCCAGAGUUUUCCAUCCUUCAUUCUUGACACUCAGUUAGAGACCCCAGAAGAGCCUGAUGAGGACGCGAAACUUGGAUUUGCUAACAUUCCUGACCAAAUGCAUCGCAAAGCAGUGAAAAAGGGAUUUAAUUUUACUCUUAUGAUUGCCGGUGAAAGUGGAUUGGGCAAAGCCACUCUAGUAAACAGUCUCUUCAUGCAGGACCUUUACAAGGACAGAGCAUCGGUUGACGCCAGUGAGAAGGUAAAGAAGGUGACUAAGAUCGAGAAGAGGCAGAUUGAGCUUGACGAACGCGGCGUCAAGCUUCGUCUUACCAUUGUUGAUACCCCCGGCUUCAACGAUGCUGUUAAUGCGGAAGACUGCUGGAAGCCGAUUGAAGAUUACAUUGACAGCACAUUCGAGCAGUACUUCAAGGACGAGUGUGGUUUGAACCGUAAGAACAUCCAAGACAAUCGGGUCCAUUGCUGCCUCUACUUUAUCUCCCCUUACGGUCACGGUCUGCGUCAAGUUGACGUUGAGUUUAUGCGACGUCUUCAAAAUAAAGUGAAUAUUGUCCCUGUGAUCGCGAAAGCCGACGCCCUCACGGCGAGUGAGCUGCGCACCCUUAAGGAUCGCAUCAUGUCCGACCUCGACAAGUACAAAAUCGACAUCUACCGCCUUCCUGAAUGCGACUCUGACGAGGAAGAAGACAUUAAGCGAUUGGAUAGGGAAAUUAAGGCAAUGGGUAUUUCACGCGCAUCAUCAUCCAUUCGACUGUUUGCCAAAACGCGCCAGAUGGCCCCCAGUCGCCAGUUGCAAAUUACCCAUUUUCUUCCCCAGCCGGCCAAUUUUUCCUCGCCGGAGGAAUACAUGUUGUUGCUGAGUGGUGUGCCCACUGCAGUGCUGCCCUUCGCGGUCAUCGGGAGCAACUGUGUGAUCGAGGGCGAGGGAGGGAAGCGUGUUCGGGGCCGGCAGUACCCCUGGGGAGUGGUUGAGGUUGAAAAUCCCAAGCACUGCGAUUUCACCAAACUGCGAAUCUUCCUUCUCAAGACCCACAUGCAGGACUUGAAGGAUAUGACUCUGGAAGUGCACUACGAAAAUUAUCGCGCCAAGUACAUCACUGAGCGGAUGUCCCGACGACAAACUGACAGAAGGGAGGUCGGCGGAGUGCCACGAGCUGAUCGCGAAAACGGUCCCGGUUUUGAGGCGAUUAUGGGUGCUGAUUGUCUUCUGCGUCAGAAGGAAGACGAGCGAUCAAGUGCUAAAAGUCUGGAUCAGAUGACACGCGGCAAGAACUCCGACGCUAUUUUAGCCAAUCACGGUGCGACAGGGUCAGCCACUACAAACGGCGGUGCGAUGGCUCCCCGUUCCGCCGCAAUGCCCGGUCCAGGUACCCUUCCUCCCAAAGCCGGACUCGCUGGUCUCUAG